GACGAUGAUGACAAUGUGAUUGUUAGUCAACAACUUUUAACUACGAGAGAACAUGGGGAAAGUAAACGUGUAUGCAUUAAGAAUUAUGUUGCCAUUGUAGAAAGCUACAGUUUAGAUGAUUUCCGUAAACAUUUCCGAUUGACGAAAAUGAGCUUUGAGGAAGUGCUAAUUAAAAUUGGUGAUAAGUUGUCAAUGGCUAGUUCCGUACACCACACUGGGAGACCUGGAAAUGAUGCGAAAACACAGUUAUUAGUAGGUCUAUGGAUUCUCGCAAAUCAAGAGUCGUACAGAACCGUCGCCGAUAGAUUUGAUCUGACCAUUUCAACAGCAUGGUGUUACUUUAGAAAAGUUGUAGAUACUUUAGUUUCAAUUGCGUCAGAUGUAAUUCAGUGGCCUAAAAAUGAAUCACAGAGACAGUGCUUCUCCACUGCAUUUCGUAAAAGACAAGGAUUUCCAAAUGUUAUAGGUACGAUUGAUGGAACGCACAUACCAAUAGUGGCCCCACACAAUAUGGCAAACUCUUACAUCAACAGAAACAAAUAUUAUUCAAUUGUCUUACAAGGAGUUUGUAAUGCUAGAUAUAAAUUUAUCGAUUGUUAUGCCGGUCCCCCUGGAAGUGUCCAUGAUGCCAGGGUAUUAAAAAUGUCUCCCUUAGGAAAAAAAUUGAACCACAAUAUUCAUGAUCUCGUGCCCUCAGAUUAUCACUUGUUAGGUGAUUCAGCGUAUUCAAAUGCAAGUCACCUACUUACGCCUUACAAAGACAAUGGACAUUUGAGUCGAAAACAGAAAAAUUAUAAUUACAAGCACUCUGCUACAAGAGUAGCUAUUGAGCAAGCAUAUGGGCUGUUAAAAGGUAGAUUCCGCAUUUUGAGAUACGUAAAUAUAUAUGACACCAAAGUAAUUCCCAGCGUUAUUAUAAGUUGUUGUGUUUUACAUAAUAUUUGUGUUGAUGCAAAUGAUUUAGAUGUAGAGCCGUAUCAAGAAGAUGCAGAUGCUAAUGUUGCUGUAGGUAUUAAUGAUAGAAACUUAGACACUAAAGGACGCAUUAAACGUGAUGAUAUCGCAGAAAUUAUAAAUUAA